AUGUUCAGGCUUGCCGAUGUAAAAACUUUUGAAGUUCUGUUCAGCCCAUUUUCUCGAUCGGUUGUUGAAGCACUGAAGACAGUACCAUCGAGAAUUUAUGAUGCUGAACGAAAGAUGUGGUCUUUUUCAAUUGAGGAUUUGAACGUUGUCGAGCGAGCUCUGCAAGCCGUGGACGAUGUUGAACUGGUUCUCGAGAAGAUUCCCGAUCAUGCAGUUAAGACACUGCAAAAGUACAGUAAGGAAAUGAAUAGCCGAAAGGAGCCCGUCCUCGAUGACCACAUCGAAAAUAUCUAUGACCAUAGCAAUAUUUUGCAGCAGCUGGACACUUUUUUGCCGGGAGUCAGUGAUGUAAUUUUAAUUGAAAAAGGCAACGAUCUCUUGCCGGAGAAGAAAACCAAUCGAACUGUGGUUAUCAUGAGUUACGAUUUGAUGGUUUCCAAGCGAGCCAGUAUUAUCGAGUAUGACUUCAGGGCAGUGAUUUUUGAUGAAUCUCACUUGCUCAAAGAUGGCCAGGCUCAGAGAACAAAAGCUGCAACGGACAUCUCG